AAGGCAUACAUUGAUUCUUUCUCUCUCUUUCAGGCUUCGAGUACCACAAAACAAUCCUUGUUUCUAUCUCCUUUCCGCCUAUUUUUUUUCAUUUCUUUUUUUAUUUUAUUUUUUUUUAAACAUGUCAAACUACGAUACAGUCAUUCUUGAUAUUGAGGGCACUAUUACGCCUAUUACUUUUGUGCAUGAAACUUUGUUUCCUUAUGUUACUUCUGGCUUGUCUGCUUUCUUGGACAGAACUUGGGAUUCACCUGAAUUGAAGCAACAGAUCGAGUUACUUCGCGAUCAAGCUAAAAAAGACGUGGAGGCUGGUAUUCCUCAAGCUAUCUUGAUUCCCUCUUCUGAAUCUCCUGCUGAUCAAAUCAAGGCUGCUGUGAUCGAGACGAUUAAUUGGCAAAUGAAGGCUGAUCGCAAGAUUGGUGCCUUAAAGUCUUUCCAAGGCUACAUGUGGAAAGAAGGAUAUGAGUCUGGUGUACUUCGUGGCGUUGUUUAUGAUGAUGUUGUGCCUGCUCUUGAUCAAUGGAAAGCAAGUGGUAAACAGAUCUAUAUUUACUCUUCUGGCAGUGUUCCUGCUCAAAAACUUCUUGUUGGUUAUUCUACAAAGGGUGAUUUGACCAAGUACUUUUCUGGUUAUUUCGAUACCAGUGUUGGGUUAAAGAUUGAAAGUGUAUCUUAUAGGAACAUUGCUCAACAGAUUGGCAAGGAGAAUGACACAAACCGUAUUUUGUUUGUCACUGAUAAUAUCAAAGAAAUCUUUGCUGCUACUGAGGCAGGAUACCAAGUCGUUAUUUCUGAUAGACCUGGAAAUGCUCCUUUGGAUCCUGAAAGUAAACAGUUCAAGAUUGUUACUUCUUUUGAACAAAUCUAAUGAUAAUAAUAAUAAUAAUAACAAUAAUAAUAAAGCCUCUUUAUUGACAUUUAGUCUCAAUAA